AUGCCCAGAAGCGAGAUCCUCUCUCCAGAAGGCCUCAGGUCAGAUGGAAGGCGCUACAAUGAAAUCAGACAGUUCAAAGCACGCAUGUCGCUACCCACCUGCAGCAGUUUCGACGGCUCAGCACUCUGCGCCAUGGGCCUCACCACCGUCCUCUGCACUGUCUCUGGACCACACGAACCAGACGCGAAUAAACGUGCACAGAUGAAAGCAGAUGCAGCGUACCUCCAUGUCGACUAUACCGUCCUUCCAUUCGCCGGUCAAGAUCGCAAGAAAGCUGGUAGGACGGAUAAACGCAUGCAAGAGAUUUGUUUGGCGCUACAGCAGACAUUCAGCCAAGCGGCCAUCUUGAAGUUGUAUCCGCGUACACAGAUUGACGUGCGAUUGCAGAUUGUCCAGCAGGAUGGUGGUGCGUUGGCGUGUGCUAUCAAUGCAGCCACAUUAGCGUUGAUUGAUGCCGGUAUACCACUCUACCAUUUCAUUGCUGCGUGUUCAUUGGGUGCUGGAACGGCUCAAGCGUUACUCGAUGUCACUGCAUUGGAAGAAUCAGAUAUACCUUGGUUGACACUUGCAACAGAGGGUCAUUCAGGCAAAAUUAGCUUUCUUCAAUGUGAGACACGCUUGGGUUUGGAUGCGUUUGAUGCGUGCUUGGAGUAUGGCGUCUUGGGCAGUCAAGCUGUACGUGGGCUAUUGGAAGGUGUUUGCAGGGAAGCCGGAAAAGAGUACAAGGCAAAACUCGAAAGAUAG